AUGCCAUCUCCCGUUAGCGUGCCAAGCUUCAUUACGGUUGGAAUCAGUCUACAGGUACAAUCGCGAGCCGCCAUUAUUUACGUAUAUGGAUGGCAAUUUUAUGACAUCGCCCCGGGAGCCGUGGGAGUUCUAUGGUCCCUAGCUAAGGGCAGUGUAGUCGAUAUUGGUUUCCAUUCCCUUCCCGAAGCGGAGCAAGUCGCGCGCUUAUACUCCCUUCUCGAUGCUAAGCUCUAUCGACUUGGCGCCAACUCCUCUCUACUCUGGGCUGCGGAGCAUGGGAAUGAAAUUACUGCGCGUAAAGCUUUGAACGCACGUGCUUCAUUGCGAGCGUUGGGGACUGAUGAUAAAACACCGUUGAUAAUUGCAUGCCAGCGUGGUCAUGUUAAGGUCGUUGAACUCCUUCUCAAUAGAGACGGCAUCGAUCUCAACGGCGUUGUCAAUGACUGGUCCCCUCCGGAUCGCCAAUUUUCAGUUUUUGGGUCUGCACGGCAAACUAUGUCUCCACUUUUGUUUGCGGCUCAUGAGAAUCAUGCAGACAUAGUGAAGCUAUUGCUCGACCAACCUGGCGUCAAUCCACACUUUACCGACGGCUAG